AUGGCUGAACAUUGUCCAACUCCACACAACGGCGCUAAAUACGGAGAGAUUGCUGAAACCGUCCUUAUGGCUGGUGACCCAUUAAGAGUAAAACUUCUUGCAGAUACUUAUUUAACUGAUGUUGUUCAAUACAAUAGUGUUAGAGGAGCAGUAGGAUAUACUGGAUAUUAUAAAGGAGUGAAAUUAUCAGUUCAAGCACAUGGUAUGGGUAUGCCAUCUAUUGGAAUUUAUGCUUAUGAAUUAUUUAAUUUCUAUGGAGUAAAAAGAAUUAUUAGAAUUGGUUCUGCUGGAGCUUUUGAUGAAAGUUUAAAACUUGGAGA